AUGGCCCCCGUGCAGUCGCAGCCCGCGCACCCGGCCAUGCAGGGCCUGGUCAAGGCGCUGUUCGGCUCGCGCUCCAAGCAGCUGGUCACGGGGUCGGUGCUGCUCACCCUGCUCAGCCUGGUGGUGAUCCGCACCCGCCGGCCGCACUCGAUCAGCAUGAAGCUGAAGCCCGAGAAGAAGGGCCGGGGCGACGUGGACAGCGUCUUCUGGAGCAGGAUCAAGUUCCUGGUGCGGAUCGUGAUCCCCGAGUUUUGGUGCGGAGAGGUGCUGGACAUCAUCAUGCUCACCGUGUUCCUGAUCCUGCGCACCUUCCUGAGCAUAUACAUCGCGUCCAUCAACGGGCAGAUCGUCAAGGCCAUCAUCAAGCGGGAGCUGCCUAGCUUUCUGAAGAAGGUCCUGACCUUGGGCAUGGUGGCAGUGCCGGCCUCCUUCGUGAACUCGUACCUGGACUACCUGAACCGCAGCCUGGCCAUCCGCUUCCGCAAGCGGCUAACGCAGUACUUCUCAGAUCGGUACCUGGACGGGAUGACCUUCUACCGGUUGUCGGGGCUGGACUCGCGAAUCCCCAACCCCGACCAGCGGAUGACCACCGACAUCGAGAAAUGGGCCAACUCCCUCUCCCUCAUCUACAGCAACUUCUCGAAGCCCAUGCUCGACAUCAUCCUCUUCACCCGCAAGCUGGCCGAACUGGUCGGGUACGGCGGGCCCUUCAUCGCCAUCAUGUGGUACGUGGUCUCGGGGCUGCUGCUAAGGCUCGUCUCGCCCCCUAUGGGCAAGCUCACCGCCAUCGAGCAGCGGCUGGAGGGCGCCUACCGGGCCUCGCAGUCGGACCUGGUCAACCACGCAGAGGAGAUCGCUUUUUUCCGGGGCAACGACUGGGAGCGCAACCGGAUCAACAGCGGCUUCUGCGACCUGAUGCGGCACUCCUCGAACAUCAUCAACAAAAAGAUGUUCAUGGGCAUCUUCGACUCAGUGCUGAUCAAGUACGGGGCCCUGAUGAUCGGCUACGGCGUGGUCGGGCUGCCGGUCUUCGGCCCCGGCUCGGACGCCUACAUCAAGAGCAUCGGCGCUGACCCCAGCAAGAUCACGCGCGACUACGUCCGCAACUCCUCGCUGCUGAUCAACCUGGCGAAGGCCAUCGGGCGGUUGGUCAUCUCCUACAAGGAGAUCCAGCAGCUGGCGGGCUACACCACCCUGGUCUACGAGAUGCACGAGGUGCUGACCGACCUCGAAGAGGGCAAGUUCGUCCGCACGCAGGUGGUGGGCAGCUCCUCGGCCAAGGACAAGAAGAUCAGCAACCUGAACCAGCUGUCGAAAGGGUGCAUCGUCGAGACUGACAACGAGAUCGCCUUCGACAGAGUGCCCAUCGUCUCGCCCAACGGGGACAUGCUCGUCGAGACCCUCAACUUCAAGAUCCGUCACGGCAUGAACUGCAUCAUCACUGGGCCCAACGGCUGCGGCAAGAGCUCACUGUUCCGCAUCCUGUCGGGGUUGUGGCCGCUGGCCGAUGGCACGAUGCGCCGGCCUUCCAUGGAAAAGCUCUUUUACAUCCCUCAGCGGCCCUACCUCCCCAACGGCUCCCUCCGGGACCAGAUCAUCUACCCCCACAACCUCAUGCAGAUGCAGCGCAAGCGUGUCAAGGACGAUGACCUGCUCGCCCUCCUCGACUCUGUCAAGCUCAGCUACAUCGUCGAGCGUGAGGGCGGGUUCGAUGUCUGCAACGACUGGAACGACGUGCUCUCUGGUGGCGAGAAGCAGCGCAUCGCCAUGGCCCGGCUGUUCUACCACCGGCCGCUGUUCGCCAUCCUGGACGAGUGCACGAGCGCGGUGUCGAUCGACGUAGAGGCCAUCCUCUACAACACGGCAAAGUAGCUGGGCAUCACCCUCUUCACAGUCUCGCACCGGCAAACGCUCUUCAAAUUCCAUGACCACCUGCUGAAAUUUGACGGCGAGGGGCACUACAUCUUCGAGCAACUCACCCAUGAAUGA